GACCUAGCCCCGGCCCCGGCGCGGUUUAGGUUCGGCACCGAAGCUUCCCCGCCUUCUUCUCGCCAAAACAAUGAGCCGGCAUGGAAUGGACUUGGUGCCGGUGUCUCUUUUCGCUAACCCUUUGCUCCUCAUUCUUUUGAUGCGCGCCUCCAUCGUGUGCCGCCGCGCCUAGGGAAGGAAGUAAGCGAGCGAUCCAGCGCUCGAUCGAUCGAUCGAUCGAUCGAUGCCAGCGGCCUAGGGCGCCCGCGCCGCCGCGGUUUGUUUGAUGCGCUUGUUCGUUGCAGAGGAGGAGAAUCGGCGCGCUUCUUCGUGAAUUCUGGCGCCGCAUUGCGAGGUCUUCCCACGGAUUAUGGGACCGGUUCCUACGCCCGAGGAUCAAGUGAACGAUCUGCUCCAGAACCUCAAGGUCGAGCCCCGGGGGAAGAAAUCGGAGUUUCCAGAGCUCUACGCGGGCCAGGACGGCAAUAUUUCGGACAGUAGCGGCGACGCGUCAGUGUCUAGUGGUGAUUUUCUUAGCAACACUCACGAAGUUAAUCCGGAUUCGAGCAUUUUUUAUUCCACAAAUGGCUAUGCUGCUCAAGGGGGGACGACGGACUGGGAGGAGUAUCCUCGUUACGUUGGCCUUAACGGGCUAGAUCCGGCCUUGUAUAACCCCGAGAGCCUUGUUCUAAGUUAUGGCUAUGCUUCGCAACCAUACGGCCAGUACUCCCCAGCUCCGUUUUACGCCGAUGGUCAGCUCUACGGACAGUCCGCUUUUCAUUUUCCUGCUCCGGUGUACCACGGUCAGUAUCACUUCGUAGAGGUGGAUCCCUUGAAGAAUGAUGGAUCAACAGGUGCUAUUCCGACGAAGAAUGUGCAACGACCGGUUGCAGUGAUGGGGCCCUACAUACAUUAUCCCAUGCCUGUGCAUAAUUCCAGGCAGGAUGGCCGUGGAGGUUUCGAAGGGCUGCGAGCUACAGCUCCUCCUUGGGUUGACGCAAGAAGCUCUUCUCAUCAGAGGUCAAGCAACAAAACGCAGCAAGAGCCAGCCCCGGCUCAGAAGCCUGGGGAGUUGGGAACAGGUUUUCCACCUUUGACAAGGUCGGCUCUCAACUCUAUUGGACCAGGCAAAGGAAAACGGGGCAAUGUAGAUGGUAGGCCGGUAGGGAAAGGAGGAGAUAGUGUCGAGGCCGAGCACAACAGGGCACCAAGGGCCUCAAAAGGAAAGCCUCAACGAAUAUAUCCUGAGCUGCAGAAGAAAGGAUCAGGUGGAGAAGGUGGCGAGAAUUUUGUGGUAUCAAAGGAGCAGUACAAUAAGCCCGACUUUUCCACGUCCUACAGCAACGCGAAGUUUUUCAUAAUCAAGUCGUAUAGCGAAGACGAUGUACAUAAGAGCAUCAAGUACGGUGUGUGGGCGAGUACUCCAAAUGGAAACAAGAGGCUGGACGCGGCAUAUAAGGAAGCGGCCGGAGAAUUUCCUAUUUUCCUCUUUUUUUCGGUUAACGGGAGCGGGCAAUUUUGCGGGGUAGCUGAAAUGAGCGGACCAAUGGACUUUCUCCGGAGCGUCGAUUUUUGGCAACAAGACAAGUGGACUGGACGGUUCUCAGUAAAGUGGCAUUUCAUCAAGGAUAUCACUAAUGGCCACUUCCGGCACAUAAUUCUAGAGAACAACGACAACAAGCCCGUCACGAACAGCAGAGACACUCAAGAGGUCCAACUCGAUCAGGGACUUGAAAUGCUGAGGAUUUUCAAGAACUACAACUCAAGCACGUCAAUUCUGGACGAUUUCCAGUACUACGAGAACCGGCAGAUACUAAUGCAGGAGAAGAGAUCACGGAGCUCACAAAAGCAGCAGCAGCAGCAGCAGCAGCAGCAGGAUGGCGCGACGCUCUUGAGCAAAAGUACGGCGGACGUGGUUGGCGCAGAGAAUCUUACCGACAAGACGAGUGCCUCCACCAGCACAGAGAAUCUUACAGACAAUAAGUUGGCUUCCACGAGCGCGGAAGGCAACGCUACUACUACCACUGCUGCCAGUGCUUCUGCGGCGAUGCAACGAAAGUCCUACCUCCAUAGCCUGGCAGGAGAGAAAGACGCGGCGGCCAAUGCGAUUCCAGUCUAGGCGAGCAACUUUUGAUGCGGCAGUGAAGUAGGCUGCUCUACUGCCACACUCGCUGGUUUGUGUUGCGAUGCCGCCCUCUUGAUGCGAGAAGUUCCACCAGGGAAGAUUUGGAGCUGGUUUGUUCUUUCUUCUUUUUUUUUCUUCCUUUUUUUUUUUUCACUUUCUUCGGUUUUUUUCGUCGUUUCUUUUUUGUUUGGCUGCGAAGCAGGCCUACACGACAAGGCCUUGGAAAAUGUUUUUGAGAAUAAGGCUCUGGGGGAAAAAAUAAAGAAAAAAACAAAAGAAGAUUUUGCAA